UGCCAACGAAGCUUCCAACGUCAAAUUGUGCCGGAGGAAUAAAUAUUUUCAAGCGUUAAUUACAAAGAAAAGCAUACAAGUGAUAGCUUAGCUGCAACAAAAAGGCAUUUUGGUAGUGCCUACUCUACCGGUAGUCUAGAGAAAAUUGUUUAUCACAAAGCACAGCAAGAGCAACAGAGCCACAGUUUGUUAAGCCGGCUCGGACAAAAGCCUUUCCCCCAGAACGAUGGCAGUGCAACAGAACGAAAAUGAAGAAAAGAUCAACGUCCGUGAUCGGCUUGUGGAUAACGUGCUGGAUCUAAGUCUGAUGAACAUUUCUAAAGUGCCCGUGCAAGAAAUCAAACCGCUACGUCGUGCCACUGUGCUGGAUCUUUCCAGCAAUCGCAUCACUAUCAUCGAGAGUAAUUUUACCGACCUCACGCAACUGACCCAGAUCGACCUCUCCAAAAACCGCAUCACCUCGAUCUGCGACGAUUUCGGUCUGCUAACGAACCUGCGACGCUUGGAUUUGUACAAGAACCAAAUCACGAAGCUGCCGCUUACGUUUGGUCGGCUGAAGAACCUCAAGUAUCUUGACCUGAAGGAGAACCCACUUAAUCCAACCUUUAAAAAGCUCAUCGGAACAUGUAGCGAUACCAGCGAUUGCCUAGUGGCUGCUUCACGUGCCGUGGAUUUCAUGAAGCAGGUCGAACGGCGUGUGGUGGACGACCGAGCCAAGGAGCGAAAGAUGCGCGGAGAAAAGCAGCCGGAAAAACAAAAUCUGGAACAGAAAAAUGGUGCGGAGGACGUGGAAAGCCCGGCAGUCGAUGAGCAAAAGGUUGAAAAAGCGAAACGCAGACGAAAGCAGACGGCCUCCCAAGCGGAGUGUUCUAAUGCUAGUCAGCCCAAAACGAAGUCUAAAGCAGGAACGAAAUCAUCCGGUCAGGUUGCGGACUCGCCAGGGGGGCUGCGACACUCCUUUCUAUUUUGGCUGUCGAUGUUAGUAUUGCUGGUUGGUUCGUAUAUGCUCUUUGGGAAGUAUUACGACGUGUUGCCAAUGAUGACGCAGGAUGGAACGUUCCGGGAAGCACGUGAAACCAUUCUCGAAGAAUACAUCAAAUAACGGCCCCGGGUUCUCAAUAUUGUGCACUUAUUAAAUAAACCUAGAGCAAAUCCUCGUGGUACGAGAGACCUUUGAAAAGCCUAUAUUUUUGACUAUGCCCGUGUGUAUUCCAUACAUUUAUAAAAUGUUGAAUAGAAUGAUCACUUGUAUUGUACAAGCCGCUUAUCUUACACAAUGCAGUUUGAGCGCUGUUUGGCACGCGUGUCGUGUUUUUAAAACUGAGCUUCGGCUCAACAAAUAAGGCACAUUAAACCUUUUACGCUGCAAAUUUUCCUGGUCAUGCUCUGGUGGGCUGGCAUGUCAUGGCAAGGAGGGAAUCAAGUAGAGUAGGCCGGACACAGCAUCCCAAAUAGUGAUGAACUUAAGACAAACCAACUCAAGCAUGUCUCAAAAUGGUAACAAAGAUAAAUAUAUUGAAACGUAAUUUAAUGCUCUAAAA